UGCGCGUGCGCGUCCGUCGCAGCGCGGCCUUUCGCGGUCUCCCGUGGAAAUGGGCUCCGUGGCCUAGCGUCUCGGCCCCUGUCCCGCCAGCGGUGAUCGCGCGCCGAAGCCGUCGAGGGGUCGCCGCCGAGGUGUCCGCAGCACGCAGGCAGGAGCAUGGCAGCCAUCCCCUCCAGCGGCUCGCUCGUGGCCACUCACGACUACUACCGGCGCCGCCUGGGCUCCGCUUCUAGCAGCAGCUCCUGCGGAAGCGCUGAAUGCCCUGGGGAGGCCCUCCCCCACCACCCGGGUCUCCCCAAGGCCGACCCCGGUCACUGGUGGGCAAGCUUCUUUUUCGGGAAGUCCACGCUCCCGUUCAUGGCCACGGUGCUGGAGUCCCCAGAGCACUCGGAGUCCCCCCAGGCCUCCAGCAGCAUGAUCACCUGUGGCGUGGUUCGCGAAGCCACGAGGACGCAGCGCGGGGACCAGCCCAGCAGAUCCAGUGCUGGGCCCCCGUCCUGACCAGUGCCAGGCUUCCGGAGCGCUCGGCCGGCAAAGCCCCUCCCCGCCUACCCCCCCAGCCCCGCCCCGUAGACUAGGCAGGCGCAGUAAGCGAAGCACUGGGUUUUUUGUACCAAAACAAUGCCAAAAAGGAAGGGGAGAGAGCUCCCUUCUGUGCUCCAGGCCACACGCCAGCUUUCCACACACCCGAGACUGCCUUGCACCACGUGGAAAAUAAACUCCAAGCAGCCA